CCUUAUCUCAAUUCUCCGGAAUGGGUCGCCGCCAUCUUCUCUACCUUCUCUACACAUCUUCAGUACGGCCGCCGUCCUCCACUCCUUACUUUACUGCGCCGCCUCCUCCCCCCGCGUUUCUAACUCGCAAGGGAUACAUGAGUAGUCAAGAAAGUAGCAAAGGAAAUCAUAUUCAUGCCGAUGAAACAAUCAACCACGGCAGAGCACCAUCGACGCUAGAGGAGUUCAAAAGGCUGGAGGAAGAAAAGGCAAGUCAAGGAGUUGCUAGUCAGACGGUUGAGAAGGCAGAAGAUGGUGCCAUGGAAGCAGUCGCCGGCGACGGCAGCCUGGAGUCCGUCAAGGAAAGUUUCAAGGAGCCUGUCGGCGUCGGUGAUUUCCAUAGAACCGGAGAUACAUGAUCAAAUGAAGAUGCUCCGAUCGAAGCACCAAAUGAACACUAGCUUGUCUUUCAUGUAUAUAUAUAAAAAGUCUUUUGAGAGUUGAGAUCUUGGACUGUAUGUAUCUGGCCGAGAAAAAUAUAAUAAUCAGCCUACAUACAAUAUAUUUACGCGUGUAUGUAUUAAGC